AUGGAGGUCUCAGCAAACAGCUUUUUAAGGUACAGCUUGCGAACCGACAGAAAUAGGUCAAUCUCAAAAUCCACAAGGUUGAACUGCCCAGCUGGAGGUCAGAAGUGCACAGUGUCCAUCUCAGUCCUCCUGGCCCAGACUGUGUUUCUGUUCCUAAUUGCUAAGAGUGUUCCGGAGACAUCGCUCAGCGUCCCGCUCAUCGGCAAAUACCUGAUCUUUGUAAUGCUUGUAUCGACGCUCAUCGUUCUCAGCUGCAUCAUUGUCCUGAAUGUGUCACUACGGAUGCCAAGUACCCACAACCUGACUGCCAAAGUGAAACGCAUGCUUCUGGAGGUGCUUCCACGUUACUUACUCAUGGAGAUCGCGCCAUGUGAGGAGGCGGAGAAGACCCCGCAAGAGAGGAGGAGAAGCUCGCUGGGGAUCAUGUUAAAGGCUGAGGAGUAUAUCCUGAAGAAGCCACGAAGCGAACUGAUGUUCGAGAGGCAGAGAGACAGGCACGGGAUGAGCAGGGGCCACAAAGCUAAUCUAUUCGAUGCCGAUGGGACAACUACUUUGUACAGAAGCUUGGCCCAUUGUGCCCCAGAAAUCAAGAACUGUGUGGAUGCCUCUAACUUCAUCACAGCCAGCACAAAGGAGCAAAACGCAUCCGGAGCUAAUCUGACCUCAAAUGUAUUUCGAGAAAUUCACUCGUCUCGAAUGAUGACUCUUGUGGACUAA